UCUGUGUGCUCGUCAGUAAGUAAUUAGACAACGUACUGUUCUUUGUGAAGAAACAUGAUGGCAAGCACGUAAGCCUCGAUGUUUUAAUGUAUUUAGUUUGCAUUUCAAAAUUCUAAUACAAGUUAUAACGACAUACGUAUGUAUACAGAUUCUGAGCAUAUGCAACCCUUCUUCACUUAAUUAUCACAAAGAAGGGAUUGCAAAGAACUGAAGGAUUUUUCCCUAAAUAUGGCAGAACUUCUCUCAGUUCAAGUACUAAUGCAGGAUAGCCAUAAUGACUGCACAGAGCCAAUCACUCAACAUGUUAAGAUAGCAGUUGACAGUGACCAGAAUAGUAAGACCAAUGGCAACUGUUCAAAUGUAGCUAAAUGUGAUCUAACAUCUUGUGCACAAGAAAAAUGUGUCCAUAUGUCUCCAAGAAGAACACCAACUUGGCCUUAUGACAGCCACAACUUGAGUAGUUUACCAAAAAGGCCAGCUGUUAAUGUGGAAUGGAAAAAACUGACUUACUCAGUUUCAGAAGGCUAUAAAAGAGGACACAAAACCAUAAUAAAUGGAAUAUCUGGUGAAAUUGUUAGUGGAGAAUUGACAGCUAUUAUGGGACCAUCAGGGGCAGGAAAAUCAACUUUGAUGAACAUUUUGGCAGGAUAUAUUUGGAAAAAAGUCAAAGGGGAUAUUUUAGUGAACCACCACCAGAGAGACCUUCGAUCUUUCCGUAGGCUUGCAAGUUACAUCAUGCAGUAUGACUUCCUGCUACCACAGUUAACAGUAGAAGAAGCUUUGAUGGUUGCUGCUAAUCUCAAAAUUACAACAUCUGUUUCUGCUAGCCAAAAAAAGUCAAUUGUUUCUGAUAUAAUUCUUGCUCUUGGAUUACACGACUGUGCAAAAACAAGAACUUCCUGCCUCUCUGGUGGCCAGCGCAAGCGUCUUUCCAUAGCUCAAGAACUUGUCAACAACCCACCAGUUAUAUUUCUAGAUGAACCAACAAGUGGUUUAGAUAGUUCAAAUUGUCAGCAAUGCAUUACGCUUUUGAAGGCAUUAGCAAGAGAAGGACGUAAUGUUGUUUGUACCAUACACCAGCCAAGUGCCCGAAUAUUUGAGAAUUUUGACAAGUUAUACAUGCUUGCAGAAGGGCAAUGUAUAUAUCAAGGUCCAGUACCCAGUCUGUUGUAUUUCCUGUCCUCUCAGGGUUUGGAAUGCCCAACAUAUCACAAUCCUGCUGAUUUUGUUACAGAGAUUGCCUCCAGGGAGUAUGGUGACCAUAUAGACAAACUCGUAUUAGCUUCUAGUAAGUUUAAAAAGAAACAUUGUAUCCAGAAUUCUAAUAGCUUUUCUGAUAGCAACCGUUAUUUUGUCAAAAACCCUGCCAUCAAACCCAAUGAAGAAGAAUCAGCACAGAGUGAGAGUUUACUAAAUGACAAGGUGGAUAUUUCUCAGCCUUUAAGGGAAAGAGGUUAUCCAACAAGCUAUUUUAAUCAGUUCUGGAUUCUGCUGAAAAGGACAUUUUUGUCCAUCAUAAGGGAACCAAUGUACCACCACCAUCCGAAGUGUGCGAAUGGACAGUCAUCAAUGGAAAACUUGAACGUCUGUGGUUUGAUGGACAUGUUCCCAUCACAGUUGGUCAAAGAAGUUGAAUUGAGUGAAGAUGACAGCUACUCUGAUGAAGAUGACGAUGAUGGUGACACUUCAGCUACAAUGGAUAUCUAUGUUCUUGGAUUACUUCUGAUAUUAUUUCCACUACUGUACAGCAGUAUUGUGUAUUGGAUGACUAGUCAACCUUCAGAAGCAGUAAGGUUCCUCAACUUCCUUGUUAUAUCAAUUCUUACUUCCUUAGUAUCUCAAGCCUUUGGACUAGUCAUAGGAGCUGCUUGUAAUGUUCAGACUGCUGUAUUUUUAGCACCUGUCUUCGUCAUUCCAUUUUUACUUUUCAGUGGUUUUUUCAUUACUUUUAAAACUAUCCCAGAUUAUCUACGCUGGCUGUCUUAUAUAUCUUAUAUCAGGUAUGCUUUUGAAGGCUUGAUGCUAUCAAUAUAUGGCUUUGGAAGACCAGAGUUGGAGUGUGAAGAGGUGUUUUGCCCAUUCGUUGAUCCUUCAGACUUCUUGAAGUUCAUGGAUAUGAACAAAGUAGACUUAUGUUCUGGAAUUGGAAGUGUAAACCUACCAAUACAAACAACUAUUUGGAUUUUUUCCCCAUUAUCCAAAAUCUCGAUAACAAAUAGUACAAUACAGCGUUAAACAAUUCCUUACAUUGUUCUGAUUUGUAGUGAAAUCAACAAAACUGGUGAAACUUACACAACACCAAGUUAAUCCAGCUCACACCGCAACAGUUGCUCAAAGGAUUUGCUAAUAUAGGCAGUCUAAACCACCAUUAUAUCUGUUGUAUCUCUGGUUUUGGAUGAAAGGACUCGUCGACGCUGGAUGUAGCAGAUAUGGCGUGUUUGAUAUAUUAUUA